CUGAAAGGGUUUGAUCUUCUUCCGAAUCUCUGCGCUUGUACGAAAUUACGACGCCGGAAACUACAACAGACUCAGGUCAGUCUCAUAGAUCCUGCAGGAGGUAGCUUCACAACAAUCGAGAGCACUUUUAUCGGCCAAGUUAGGAACGAGUCGAGUGUAACCCUUACUCCUCCACCACCUGUUCACCAUGCGAGAACGCCAAUCGUCAAGCACGGAUAUCCCUUCGCCGUUGCGCGUAAUCAAGAAGGGAAAGUCAAUGCAGGUACUCAGGAGUCCAAGGAUAUUCAGCAACGAAAGUGUUGAAAGUGGCCCUGACCAGCCAUUGACGGUCGUGAAGAACCGGAAAUCACAGAGAAGAGCAAAUAUAAAGAAGAGUCAGAGUAGUGUUGGUACCUCGGUUUCUGGUCAUGGCUUCAAGGAACAAUCACGAAACGUUACUAGAAAUUCAGUCUCGAGCGAUACUUGGGAUCCUGUGACCCCUAAACCCAGAAAGCUUCCAGUAUGUCGCCGCUCAUCGAGCUUACAGAUUGGGCGUUCGCUUUCCCCUACAUUUCUCACGAAGCUACGUUCGUUAUCUACUCGUAUGGGAACUUCAAAGCCCACUCAUCGCAGUGACUCGCGAGUUUUAAGUGGUUCUUCAGACGACUCGGUAUUUAAAUUGUCCAGUGAGCCUAUGACAAUCGCCUCAUGGGAACAAUCGUCAAAUUCCGGAUAUAUAGAACCACCUUCCUUUGACGAGUUCCCGACGCACCGUUUCAGUAGCGGUAACACUUUAGUAGAUGUCCGGACACCGGAUCUCGCCCCUGAUCCAUACAUGCUUAUUCCGCAUGUUUCAAUCACACCUGAAUUGAAAACCCUAGAUGAUGGGCAGUCGAGCAUUUGGACCGCUGUUGAGAUCUCUGGUCAAUUAUUUCAUCCCCGUGUUAGCAACCCAACUUACGAUUCCGCAUAUUCUACCGCCGGUCAAGCCCCUUUUCUACCUACUCACCGUAGUGAUACCGGAUUGUCGAGGUAUGGAUAUCUAUAUAACAUAAAGGUAGAUAUUCUACCGGCGACCGAAGGCAGUGUUAUAGACCUUAUAGGUGAUACUGUAAUAAGGACAAUUAGUCCUGGUUCUAGCCACCUUAUACUAGCUUGCAUUGAGCCAGGAACUUCAAAAUCACAAAAGCCUGGAACAUCCCAGUGUGAUCCGGACAAUCUCAUCGCUGACCUUGAACUUGAAUUGGGGGAUAUCCAAACAAAAUACAUCCAUAUCCGAGUUAACUAUUGUCACUCAGGUUUCCCGGCGUUCAGAAACACUCUCAUUGAAGAUGGGAUUGCCAAUUACCAGACUCGACUAGAGACGACGGCUACGGGGACUAUAAAGCGAUAUAACCCAUGUUCUGCGUGGUCUCCCAGACAGACCCGCAUGUCUAACCCCUUGUUUGCUAUAAUUGCCUCCCAUUGGGGUCCGGCUCGGGCUAGCGAAGUCAUGCACAGAAUCGUGUCAAGUCGGGUUCAUCCCUGUAGGAUACCAAAAUGGGCAGGCGCAGGUGUCUCCCAGAUUGACGGAAAUGAUGACACUAUCAAAUUGCCCGAUCGAACAGGAAGAGCUCCUCCUAUACCCCAACGGCAGGCUAGUCUCAGGCAGUUGCCCCCGGAGAAAAUCUCGGACCCGGCCAGGAAAAUCUGGACGGAACUACGCAGGACGUCUUCAGGUAACCGCCCAGCUUUUCAUGUGAGCAAAGCCAACCGACUUCCUGCCGCUACGACGUUCGUCGAUGCACCAAAUCCCGGCCCAACCUCUCGGCCGGGAUCAACGCGGCCAGAGUCCAAGUCGGAGGUCCAACGGCAACGGGAGCUGAUACGGGAGACAGCGGUGCGUAAUAGGAGGUCUAUAGGUGCAGAUAGUUUGAAGAGUUUAGUGCCAUCGGUCGCCGGAUCAACGCCAGAAGGUAAAGAGAACAGCGUUUCUAGUUCUUCAAGCCCAUCUGGGGGUUGGGGAUUGCAUCUUGAUGGACGAAAGCGAGAAGGACGUUGGAGUUUGGGGAGUUGGUGGUAAUAGGUCAGGUAAAAUGGCUAAGUGAAGUGAAACUAGAUUCAUAAAAUCCGGUUUAGACAGCAGG